AUGUCGACACGUGAGUUUUGGGAAAAAUGGAAUGAAAUGCAAACAAAGCGAAUCAGAAGACGAGUUUUGGUAGACAUUCAAGCUAGAAUACGGAAUUGUGCAUCGAAUAAGGACAUAUUAGGAUCAUAUAGAAUGGAAGAACAACAAGAAGACCAUAAUAAUCAGUAUGUGAAGGUUUUGGAGAGAUUUCAGGCGUCGUAGGUGUAUACAGGGCGCAAGAGACAAAUACUAACACGAAUAGGGUGGCUCUCAAGAUAGGGCUCAUAGGAGACUCGCAGAUCGGCAAGACGUCAUUGAUGGUGAAAUAUGUUGAGGGAUCGUUUGAUGAAGACUACAUUCAGACUCUUGGGGUGAAUUUUAUGGACAAAAAGAUACAGAUCCGCAAUACUGUGAUAACGUUCUCGAUAUGGGAUUUGGGGGGACAGAAGGAGUUUAUCAAUAUGCUUCCGUUGGUGUCGAACGACGCUGUGGCGAUACUAUUUAUGUUUGACCUUACUCGUAAGUCGACGUUGAAUUCGAUAAAGGAGUGGUACAGACAGGUGAGGGGGUUCAAUAAGACGGCGAUUCCGUUCUUGGUAGGGACCAAAUACGACCAAUUUAUAGAUUUACCAUACCAGGACCAAAUGGAGAUUACCCAGCAGGCCAAAAAGUUCGGCCACGCCAUGAAGGCCCCCGUAAUAUUUUGUUCCACGAGCCACUCGAUAAAUGUUCAGAAGAUAUUCAAAAUCAUCUUAUCCAAAGCGUUUGACUUGCGAUUGAACUUGGACGAGAUAGUCAACGUUGGCGAGCCCAUCCUCCUAUAUAAAUAG